UCCCAUUCUCAGCUGUUGAGAAGCACAACCAUAUCUAUUGCAAGUGACUCUAACUAGGGCAGUCUCCCGAGAGGGCUUUCAGAGACCAAAGUCUAUAAUUACAAUGGCAAAUGAAUACCAUCUCCAGCUUCAAUGCUUCUACAUUAUUCAAAAUGCAGACCCACGUCCUCAGUCACCUUUACCUCUCCGCGCGUGGUUGUGUAGAGACUCCCCUCCAUGACCGGAGCUGGCUCGCUUGGAUGGAUGACACUCUAUGGCAGCCACCCGACGGCGACUUCAAAAUGCUCCAUACUGUGCCUCAAAAUGCCUCCUGGCACCGGAAGUCACAGCUUUCGGCUCUUUCACAAAUGUCUUUGCCCCAGGACAUGGGCCAGUAGCACCAUGAAAUAUACAUUGCCAUUUGACCCGCUUCAAUUACAUUGAUUGACAAAUAUAUCAGGAAAACUUCCAUUCGGGCCGUUGUUCUUCAUCGAGACUUUGCAUAGUAGUGCAAGCGGGAACCCUGAUCGUUGCCAUUAUUUUCACACGAUCACAAUCAAGAUGGCCAAACUUCAACCUGUCCGAGAACCGAUUGCCAUCAUUGGAAGCGGGUGCCGUUUCCCUGGAGACGCAAACUCACUUUCGAAGCUUUGGAAGCUCCUUGAGAAGCCCCGAGACGUCUCCGAGCCAAUUGCAGCUGAACGGUUCAAUGUCGAUCGAUUCUAUCAUCCUACGGGGCAUCAUCAUGGUACCACUAAUGUCAAAGACGCCUAUUUCAUUCCUGGCAAUGCCCGAAAAUUUGAUGCACCUUUCUUCAAUGUUCUGCCGUCUGAAGCAGAUUCUAUGGACCCACAACACCGCAUGCUCAUGGAAGUUUGUUACGAAGCAGCGGAGUCUGCAGGCGUCACGUUGUCCGACCUCUCAGGAUCCGAUACGGCUGUUUUCAUUGGACUGAUGUCCUACGACUACGCUGGAAUUGCCAGUCGUGAUCCCAAUUUCAUUCCCACCUAUCUAUCUUCAGGUACCGCAAAUAGUAAUGCAGCAGCUCGCAUAUCCUAUCAUUUCGAUUGCCAUGGACCGUCAAUGACUAUUGAUACGGCAUGUUCAUCGAGUCUUGUGGCGAUACAUCAAGCUGUCCAGGUCCUCAGGGAUGGGGCUUCCAGGAUUGCCAUAGUGGGGGGCACUAAUUUGAUCUUAGACUCAGGGAAUUUCAUCGCGGGCAGUAAAAUGAACAUGCUCUCCCCAACUGGACACUCCCGAAUGUGGGAUGCUGAUGCUGACGGCUACGCGCGUGGAGAAGGAGUUGGCGCGGUCAUCCUCAAAAGAUUGAGCGCCGCACUAGAAGAUGGUGACGAUAUUGAGUGUAUCGUGCGUGAAACUGGAAUCAAUCAGGACGGCAAGACGACUGGUAUCACAAUGCCAAGCGCUUCUGCUCAAGCAGACUUGAUUCGAUCGACUUAUGCGAAGGCCGGACUUGACCUGACAGAGAAGAGCAGCCGAUGCCAAUACUUCGAGGCACAUGGGACAGGGACGCCAGCCGGUGAUCCACAAGAGGCAGAAGCUUUGCGUGAGGCCUUUUUCGGAUACGGCACUACAGAUCCAGAUGAAGUUCUCUAUGUGGGCUCAGUCAAGACUAUAAUCGGCCACACAGAAGGAACUGCAGGAAUUGCAGGUGUUCUCAAGGCUUCCGUUGCUCUUAAGAAUGCUGUGAUCCCGCCAAAUUUGCUUUUAAAUCGCCUGAAUCCCAAUGUGGCCCCUUUUUACACCAACAUGCAGAUCCUACAAGAACCUCAAGCUUGGCCACAAAUUCCUGUCAAUACACAUCGACGAGCAAGCGUCAACAGUUUUGGCUUUGGAGGUACAAAUGCACAUGCCAUUCUUGAAAGCUACGAUCCGACUCCUCCAUCGGUGGUAGAUGUCCCACCGUGUAUACCUUUUGUUUUUUCUGCGGCAUCCAACAAGUCUCUCGAAAGCAUACUUAAUGCGUAUCUUUCGCACAUUAAAGAGUCGCCAUCCAUCGACCUUCGUCGCUUAGCGUAUACCCUGAGUUGUCGUAGAUCCGCUCUUGCCGUCAAAGCAACUUUCUCGGCCUCGACUGCAUCGGAGCUAUGUAGUUCGCUUGAAGCCCGCCUCGAGCCAAACUCAAGUGGAUCCAAACUGGCCGGGAUACGAUCGACCCAGAACGCUGGAAUUCUUGGGGUAUUCACUGGUCAAGGGGCACAGUGGGCUCUUAUGGGGUUUUCAUUGAUCAAAGCAUACUCCCUAGCUCAGAAAACGAUUGAAGGCUUGGAGCAAUCGCUGGCUUCUCUCCCUGCUGCACAUCGUCCAGGCUGGAGAAUUCUUGAAGAGCUUUCAGUGGACGAAGAGAAAACGCAGUUGGGAGAAGCUGUAUUCUCCCAGACCCUCUGUACUGCUGUGCAGAUUGUUUUGGUAGACCUUCUCCGCAGCGCCGGGGUUACCUUCAAGGCUGUGGUUGGCCAUUCCAGCGGUGAGAUCGCUGCUGCGUACGCGUCCGAGUUCAUAAGUGCUCAUGAUGCUAUACGCAUUGCAUACUAUCGUGGAUAUUAUGCCAAGCUAGCCUCAGGACCCGAAGGUCUCGCAGGUUCUAUGAUAGCAGUUGGCACGACUUUCGAGGACGGAAAAGCAAUGUGUGAACUCGAAGAUUUUGAGGGCCGAAUCACUGUGGCGGCCAACAACUCACCAGACAGCAUUACCAUUUCAGGCGACAGCGAUGCGAUUGCUGAGGUUAUUGUCGUCUUCGAGGAAGAAGGUAAAUCUGUCAGACAGCUCAAAGUGAACACAGCUUAUCACUCUCACCAUAUGAUUCUGUGCUCGGAUGCCUACGUGGAGGCAACCCAAAAGUGCGACAUUCAGAUUCUUGUUCCCAGGGAUGACGCACCAAUUUGGUAUUCCAGCGUGGAUGAAGGAGUAAGAGUUGAAGGAAAUGAGUCUCUGAAGGCAACCUACUGGGCAGAAAAUAUGGUCAAGCCAGUUCUGUUUGCUCAGGCUAUUGAAUGUGCCAUGGAAGAAUGCGGGAGAUUCGAUACGGCCGUCGAAGUUGGGCCACAUCCUGCCUUGAAGCGACCAGUCGCGCAAAUAAAUCAACAGCUGAGGGUGGACAUGGUACCUUACUCCGGAAUAUUACAUCGUGGGAAAGACGACUUAAAGUCUUUCCUGGACUGUAUUGGCUUCAUAUGGUCCCAUUGCGGUGGGGCUGCAGUUGAUCUCGGCUCAUUCCAGAGAACUCACUACAGCGACCAGAGUUAUUCAGUUGUCUUGAAAGACCUUCCAACAUACGCGUGGAGUCACGACAGAGAUUAUUGGACGGAGUGUCGUGGCGGCCAAGUAUACCGCACGCACGAGACUGCCAUUCAUGAGUUUCUUGGAAGACGAACCCCAGAUGGUAUGCAAAAUCAGUGGCGUUGGGAAAAUGUUCUUAGUGUAAGAGAACUGCCUUGGCUUACCGGGCAUGCGCUACAAGGGCAAACGGUGCUGCCAGCUACUGGCUACAUAGCCUUGGCAAUGGAAGCUGCAAAUCAGCUGGCGAGCGGACGACCAGUUCGACUCAUCGAAUUGACCAAUCUGAUUAUCAGCAAGGCCAUUGCGAUCGACGAUGACAUAGGAACUGAGGUCGCGGUGACGAUGUCAGACAUCACAGAUUUGAAAGAUUCCUCCAUCACGGCGAAUUACACUUGCUACUCUUCAGUGAGUAGAAGUUCGGGUACCAUGGCAGUGAGCGCCACUGCAGCAGUUGAGGUAUUCUUAGGCGACAUCACCACGGAUGGCCUUCCGGAACCAAACAAGCCGGACCUGACCAUGGCUGAGAUUGAUGUUGACACUUUCCAUGAGGCCUUGAACGAGUUAGGGUAUGGAUACUCGGGCGACUUCAGAGCCAUGUCGGACUUGAAGCGGCGACUUGGGAUGGCCACUGGCGUGAUUUUACCUCCUGCUGAAGACCAUGCAGUGUCCAAGUUGCCAUUUUACCCAUCCAUGCUUGAUACUGCUCUGCAAGGCAUGUUCGCGGCAUUCAGCGCUCCAAAUGAUGGCAGACUUUGGACUUUGCACGCACCAACAGGGAUGCAGAGGGUUUCGUUGAUUCCAGCACUUUGUUCUGAGAAUAUGCCCAAACCUGUCUCGUUCAUCUGCACUGUAUCGGCCUCAACUCCGAACAACAUUACAGGGGAUAUCAGUGUUUAUGCGACAGAUGGAAACCAAACCUUCAUUGAAAUCGAAGGUCUUGUCUGUCGCCCUUUUUCACAAGCAACAGAAGCUGAUGAUCGCCAUCUGUUUUCCGAUACUGUCUGGAAUGUUGCUUCCCCUAACGGCGAUAUUCUGCUUGGGAAUAAUCGUGCGUCUGCGGGCCAGCUGAAAAAGGCAUAUGAUUGCGAACGUGUAGCACUCUACUACAUGCGAUUCUUGAACGAAUCAAUCUCGGAGGCCGAGCGUGCUUCAAUUGGCCUUCCACAACACCACGAGGCGCUUUUCGAAAGUAUCACUCGAGUCAUAGAGCUCGUCUCCACUGGAAAGCACGCUUAUGCCUCGAAGGAAUGGUUGUCUGAUAGCCAUGAGCAAAUACUCUCCAUCAUGGAGCCCUAUGGCUCAGACGCUGAUUUCAAUAUCAUGCGCGCCGUUGGUGAAAACCUCCCAGCUGUGGUUCGUGGCGAAACGACCAUUCUGGAGCACAUGACCAAAGACAAUAGACUUGAUGAAUAUUAUAUCGAUGCUCUUGGAUUCGAUCACGCUUACGAUGUUGCUACAGGAAUGGUUGCACAGUUCGUCCACCGAUACCCCCAUAUGGACAUCAUUGAAAUUGGAGGAGGGACUGGUGGAGCAACCGCACCUAUUCUGUCUGAAAUUGGCACUGCUUUCUCAUCAUAUACCUUCACUGACAUUGGAGUUGGAUUUCUCAUGAAGGCCCAGGACAUGUUCAAGGACAAGGAUUAUGCAAGCAAGAUGAUCUUCAAGCCCUUGGACAUCGAGAAAGAUGUAACCUCGCAAGGGUUCGUUGCUCAUUCAUACGAUAUUGUUCUGGCAGCAAAUGUACUGCAUGCGACACAUAAGCUGGAUGAGACAUUAAAGAACGCCAGAAAGCUUCUGAAGCCAGGUGGAUAUCUUGUUAUGCUCGAGAUUGUGGACAACCGGCCAUUGCGCGUUGGCCUGGUCUUUGGAGGUCUUCCUGGCUGGUGGGUCGGGAGAGACGACGGGAGGCGAUAUGCACCCACAAUUGAGCUGACACAAUGGAACAAAAUCCUCAAAAGAAACGGCUUUUCAGGUAUCGACACAUUCACACCGCUCGAUGAUCCGCUUGUGUACUUGGCAUCUGUUUUUGUUUCGCAAGCUGUGGAUGAGACUGUGCUGGCUAUCCGGCGUCCGCUUUCGUCUCGCCUAGAUCGGAUUCCUGUUGCAAACCUUCUAAUCAUAGGAGGCGAUUCUAUGGAGAGCUCAAGAUUGAUCGAAGAUGCAGAUCCGCUUCUACGUGCAAGAUCUGGCAAUGUGAUUACAGCAACCACUCUCGAAGACCUUCAAGGAAUUGAAAUACCUUCCAUGUGCACAGUGUUGAGCUUGAUCGAGAUCGAUGGUCCGAUGUUCAAGACUAUGACGGAGCAACACUGGCAGAUUCUCAAAAAUAUCUUCACGGCCGCAAGAAACGUCUUGUGGUUGACUCGUGGCUAUCGAUGCCAGGAUCCAUACGCUGCCAUGACGGUAGGCUUCAUGAGAUGCAUCACCUACGAGCUUCCUCAGUUGCGAACGCAACUCUUUGAUAUUGACCAAUCGAAACUCGUAAAUGGGCCGCUUUUAGCUGAGAUGCUUCUGCGUUUACACAUCGCGGAAGAGCUGGAGUCAGCCGACCAGAAGGAAAGCCUCGUCUGGACGGCGGAGACUGAAGUUGUGGUCGAGAACGAAUUGCUGAUCAUUCCCCGCAUGAAGCCCCAAGCUGAACAGAACAAACGGUACAAUUCAGCGAGGCGACCCAUCACAAAGUCGUCAGACCUGGGCUCUUGUCCCAUUAGCCUGGACUGGUUUCAGGAUAGCUACGCUCUUCGAGAAAGUCCAAACACCUUGCGACGCCACGAUAAUGCACACACUCUGGUCGAAGUCCAGUCGUCACUCCUUUGCGCAAUCCGAACUCCAGCAGGACGGCUGUUCUUCAGCAUUGGGUUGGAGAAGGAGAGCGGUGCCAAUGUUCUGUCGGCUUCUUCAACAAACGCAUCGGUCAUUUCUGUUCCGAAGGAUUGGUCAAUCGCAGUCAACAUAUUGCCUGGUUCGGAAGCACAAUUCUUGACUUUGGCUCUGGAUCACAUUUUCGACGAUCUCAUCUGUGCAGCGAUGCCGCCAGGUGGCAUUCUCCUCGUACAUGAGCCAACAGAGGCACUUGCCCGCAUCCUAUCAACGGGAAAGACAUAUCGUGCUGUUUUCACUACCUGCACAAAACGUGAGCAGCCGGAUUGGUACUACAUUCAUCCGCAGAGCUCAUCACGCGCGAUCAAAUCCCUUCUUCCGGAUAGCAUCUCGCUCUUCGUUGACCUGUCUUCGAAUGCUUCGGACAAAGGUAUUGCAGCAAAGAUCUCGGCAACUUUGCCACAGCUCUGCCAGCGAGCUGAUAGCUCAAUCGUCUUGUCGAGGGAAUCUUUCACCCCCCUUUCAAGCUCAGUUGAUGUUUCAGACAUAAUACGCAAGGCGUCUUCGAAUGCCCUGUCAUUUCUGGCCAAAGUCGACGCAUCAAGCGCUGUAUCUCUCCCUGAAAUUUCUGCUACCGAAGCUUCUCAGCCAGGUAAUAUUGACUCAUUUUCAGUCAUCAAUUGGCGUUUGGAUAAAACGGUCACUACUUUGAUGGAGCCUGUUGAUGCCAGGAAGCAACUCUUCAAGAGCGACAAGACAUACUGGCUGGUUGGUCUGGCUGGCGAUCUCGGUCAGUCUCUGUGCGACUGGAUGGCGGACCACGGAGCUCGCUAUAUCGUUCUGAUGAGUCGAACUCGGCGAGUGGAGGAGCCCUGGAUCAAAAAGCACGAGGCCAAUGGUGUAACUGUCACUUUCAUGGCUGGGGAUGUCACAAGCCGGGAUGAUGUACGAGGCGUGUACAGCCAGAUAUCGUCAAGAUUUCCACCUGUUGCCGGCGUGGCGAACGGUGCCCUAGUGCUUCAGGACCAAGCGUUCGAGGGAAUGGAUCUAAAAACAUUCCAAAUGGUGGUCAAGCCAAAGAUUGAUGGAACAGUCUUCUUAAGCGAGCUUUUCGAGGAGAACACACUUGACUUUUUCGUCGCAUUCUCGUCUGUUGUUGCUACACUGGGAAAUAGUGGCCAAAGCGCAUACUCGGCAGCGAACAGCUUCUGUAAAGCCUUGAUCAAUCAAAGGAGAGAACGUGGCCUUGCUGGGUCGGUCAUAGAUCUCUCUCGAAUCGCUGGCGUUGGCUACGUGGAUCGCGAAGUGAAGUCUUUGAAGAUGUCCGAGAAGCAGCUGAAGAGAUUGAUGAAUGUGAGCAUGCCAAUGUCGGAACCAGAUCUCCACCAAGUUUUCGCCGAAGCUAUCGUUUCUGGGAGGCCUGACUCUGGGCUCAAAUCGGAGCUCAUUUCGGGCAUCCGAACCCUCACAAUUGAAGAGGACAGCAGAGUUUACUGGGCUGCUCAGGUCAAAUUCUCUCACUUUGUUCGUAUCCAGGAACAGGCGGGCGACGAGAAGGGCAGCAAAAUCGCUAGAAUUCCUGUCAGAAAGCUCCUGCAGGCCGCAAAGUCUCCUGAGCACGUUGUGACAAUACUUCGAAACGCUUUCAUUGCGAAGUUGAAUGCAAGUCUGAACCUCUCGAGUGACGAGUCAAUUGAUGGUAAUACGCCACUCAUUGACCUUGGCUUGGACUCCCUAGUCGCUGUCGAUGUCCGUACAUGGUUUCUGCAGGAACUGAAGGUCGACCUGCCUGUCCUGAAGAUUCUGGGAGGAGCCUCAGCUGUGGAUUUGAUUGGGUUCGCAGCCGAAAAGCUGCCCAAAGAAUUCCUGCCUCAACUUGGCGAGGGGGUGAAAUUCGAUACCAAGUCUAGUCUAGAGGAGGCCCCAGUGCCAAUCAAGGCUAUCACCCAAGCUGUUCACGACGAGCCACUAACUACCCAGUGGACUGUGCAAGCUCCAAGCGAGGUGGAAGCAGCGUCAGCGAAGCCUUCUCCUUCAUCGACGACCUCGACAUCCGAUUACAAAUCCUCACCCCGUCUUUCUUCAGCUUCAACGGCGGACAACGAUGCGCCAACUGAACCGUCUGAAUCUGAUGUCGGACUUCAUGAUAUCAAGCAAGUAGAAAUUCAGGUGGAGGUUGAUGAAGUUGAGGCUGAGGUACACGUCGAAGAUUCUGACAUUUUACGUGACGAGCCCAUGUCAUAUGAGCAAUCUAGCUUCUGGUUUCUGGGUAAGUACCUUGAGGAUCGCACAGCAUUCAACAUCACUUUCUGGGUCGAAGUGAAAGGCAGCAUCGAUGCUUCGCGCCUUGAAAGAGCGGUGGACCUUGUCGCUCAAGGCCACGAAGCGCUCCGAACAGUAUUCACUACCAAUGGAACUGGUCCAUGUCAAAGGAUCAUGAAGACGUCGAAUUUUCGAUUGACUCAACAGCCUGUUCAGAGCAAAGAGGAGUUCUUAGAGGUGUUCACUUCGCUAAAGAGCCAUGUCUAUGACAUCGAGAGCGGAGACACUAUCAAGCUUGUUCUAUGUGAACAAUCUGACAAAAUGUUCUAUUUCGCUCUCGGAUUCCACCAUAUCCUCAUGGACGGCACUAGUACCAACGUCCUCUUUGCGAACCUUCAGCAAGCAUAUAAUGAUGGUGCAUUUCCUACUCCUCCACUCCAGUAUCCAGCCUGGGCAGCAAAACAGCGAGCUUAUGUCGAGAGCUCGGAUUCCGCAGCAGAUCGAGCUUACUGGAAUCGAGAACUUGCAACGAUUCCUCCAGAUCUUCCUCUGUUUCCCAUGUCCUCGCAGAGCUCACGAAAAACACUUAGGCAAUACCACAUGCUUAGAGCUAGUGCAAACCUUGGUGCUGGUAUGACUGCUCGUGUCAAGGAGAGGUGUCGAAAUUUGAAGAUCUCGCCUGCAUACUUCCACUUGGCUGUUUGGAAGACGUUACUUUUCAGAUUUUUGAACACGGAUCAUAUCUGCCUCGGCAUCAACGACAUGAACCGAACAGAUACUAAAGAUGCCGGAGUCAUUGGCAACCUCAUGAACAUUCUACCAGUUCAAUUCAAAUAUGACCCCGCCCAAAACUUUCUUCACGCUGUCAAAGAAGCCCGUACAAAAGUUACAACAGCUCUCGCGCAUGCAAAGGUUCCAUUCGAUGUCAUCCUCGGCGAACUAAACAUCCCUCGAGAUCCAACCCGCAGCCCAGUUUUCCAAUCCAGUUUCGACUACCGCGAAACCUUCAAGAAGUCAUUUCUUGAUCACGAAACGUACUCUCCUCCAGAAGGCCUCAACAGAAACAGUAAUGGAUACGAUAUCAGUCUCGGGGCUCUUGAGUCCUUGGAGGGAGAGUCAACGAUUUACAUUGGUGCUCAGAGUUCUUUGUAUUCCAUGGAAGAUGCAGAGAUUAUGCUCAAGACAUAUGUCCAUCUCUUGGAGACAUUCACUGAACGACCCGCGACUCGUGUUGAUCGACCUUCACUGUUUGCCAAGGCUGAUAUUGAGCGAGGGCUGGCACUUGGAAUAAGUCCUCCCAUAAUUUCGACCUGGCCAGAGACUCUCGUUCAUAGGGUCGAAGAAAUGAUAUCAACUCGUGGUACAGCCAUUGCUCUCAAGGAUGGCUACGGUAAGACUCUCACAUAUGCUCAGAUGGGACAUCGGAUCCAGACUAUUACUGCUUCUCUGCUUUCCAUUGAAACUCUGGAAGACUCCCCACGCAUCGGUAUAUUCCAACAGCCUUCUGUCGACUGGAUAUGUUCCAUGCUUGCUAUCCUACGUGUCGGCGCCGUUUGUCUUCCCCUCGAAAGCCGGAACGGCCUUCCUCGACUAGCAACAAUUGUUAAGGUCAGUGAUCCUGUUGCGGUACUGAUUGACUCCACGACAAAUGAGGAUACGAAACAUCUCGGGCUCGAAAAUUCUGUCAUCAUCAACGUCUCUCACCUUGAGGAACCAACAACAACCGAUAUACCCAUCUCUGCGAAACCUGAGAAGCCAGCCUUAAUCCUCUUCACGAGCGGGACUACAGGCAUCCCAAAAGGCAUCGUGCUCAAGCACUCCGGCGCUGUAAAUGUGAUUGAGUCCCUAGUCCAGAAGUACGAACUUGACCAAGAAGUCGUGAUUCAGCACACAGCAUAUAGUUUCGACAUGUCCAUCGACGAGAUAUUCAUCGGUCUCGGUAGCGGCGGCUCUCUAUACAUCGUUGACACUGACCGUCGUGGAGAUUCGCAAGCACUUAUGGAAAUCAUCGCUACUGAAGGAAUCACGUAUACACGCACCACGCCUUCUGGUUACCUUUCUUGGAUCCGCCACGGUGCUGAUUUGCUAGUGGGAAAUCGAAGUUGGAAACAUGCAUUUGCUGGUGGUGACAAGAUGUCGGACUCCCUUCGACAGGCAUUCCGAUCUCUAGAGUUGCCGAACUUGAAGCUCUACCAAUCCUACGGCCCCUCCGAAGUAAGCGUAACAGCAAUCAAAGGCCUCGUCCCCUACCACCUCCCCACCUCCACAGACGAGAACAUCCCCCUCGGGCAACCCCUCCACGGCUACUCUAUCAUGAUUCUCUCUCCAGACCUCACACCCGUUCCCCCCGGCGUCCCCGGCGAGAUCUUCAUCGGCGGCGCCGGCGUCUCCCUAGGCUACCUAAACGACUCCCCUCUCACCACCCAGAAAUUCCUCCCCAACCCUUACGCACCACCCGAAUACGCCGCCCGCGGAUGGACACGCAUGUAUCGCAGCGGCGACAGAGCGACCAUGACCCCCAGCGGGGAUCUCCUCUUCCACGGCCGCAUGGAGGGAGAUCUACAGGUGAAGCUGAGCGGAGUACGUGUCGAGCUGCAGGAGAUAGAGAGCUGUAUACUACAGACAUCGCAAGGUGUGUUGGUCGAUGUAGUAUGCACUGUUCGAGGUGAAGAUCCAGAUUUCAAAUUCGUCGUUGCGCAUGCGGUAUUUUCGCCUACUUUUUCAAAAGAUACGGAGGGUCGGAAAUCAUUCAUCGAUUCCCUACUGAGGAAACUUCCUCUGCCGUCAUACAUGGUUCCUGCGACUAUAAUCCCAAUCGACAAUAUGCCUUUGAACGUGCACAUGAAACGCGAUAGGGUUGCUAUUGCUGCUAUGCCCAUCUCACAGCCCUCAAGCAUCGACAGGGAGGAAGCAAAGGGCCACGGCCUCUCACCUUUCGAAUCUCAAGUCCGAGACCUCUGGACAGCCGUCCUGCCCGAAGAGAUGGCCGCCAGUGUUUCGACCCGUGACGCGGACUUUUUCCGCUGUGGAGGUAGCUCGCUGGCAAUGAUUGAGUUGCAGAGUGCGAUUCGCAGGAACUUUGGUGUGGGGCUGAGCUUGCAGGAUUUGUUUGAGGCGAGUACGUUGGGAGAUAUGGCGGGGAGGGUCCUACCACUCGUGGAUAAUUGAGUUCUCGUCAGAUGUUAGACCGAAAUACACGUAUGAUUAUUAGCCUUGGCUUAUUUCAAAUAUUAAUCGGCUGCAUUCGUUGGUUGAUCUCGGGUGAGGAAAUUCGAUCAGAAUUAGACGAUACUAUUCCACCACGUGAAGUCUGCAACUGUUGCUUCUGAGUGGCACUUGCGUCAAUCCUUUGAUAAUGUGGGUUUCUAUGGUUCUGGUACCGUCUAAUGGUCGAAAACACGCAUGACCCAAUGUCAGUCUAUACGUCCAAAUCAAGCCAAUACAACCGAUUUUGAAUCGCCAAUGCUUGGGCAAAGGUGUUAUUAGCUUUGCUGUCAGGCAGGUGAUGGUUACUAUCUUUAAACAGUUUGAGGCUUGAUACAGGAAACGUUCUUCCGCCGAUUUGGCCUUGUCGCAUGUUUACCAUUCGCUAAGCGAAGCAAGAAUCAACAGGCUGCAUACAUAUCCUCAACCUCAUUACAAUACUUUGAUCCUCUUCUCAGAGUGGAUACAUGAGCUGUAUGUGUCUGCGGAUCAUCAUCGCCUCAGUAUACUUCCUUAAACAAAUGUGAUCGCUUCCCUACGACAACCGGUGAUUGGUACAAUGGAAAUCAAAUCCCGUUGAAGUCGAGGGCGUAACAAAUAAAGUACAUCCUUUCCUCGUUAGUCUUUCUCUGCUACUGUCCGGCCAUCUAAUCAAGGGAACUUCUUCAUCCCAAUCUAAAAGAGCGCCUUUCCAUGUCGACCAAAUGUCUCGACAAAUUUAUUCUAGGACCCGUGUUCAACGACGAAUGAGCUAGAUCCAAAUAUCCAACACGCUCAAAAUGACUACCUAUAUCUUCGACAAUCAUGAAAAACGGACCAAAAGGCGGAGAUUGCUCAUAAUACAGGGAGCCCCCUGCGAUGGGAUCCUGUGUAUUGCCGAUGAUGAGGAUAGUCCAUAUGUCAAGCUUGCGCCUUCCCCAUUCCCGAUUCGAGUAUUGCUUGUGCAUAACAACAUUAUGAAGCUUUUCACUACUGCCCCAGAUUCUUAGCGACCAGUGAGACCGUAAUGACGCUUUCGUGUCAAGAGCUUUAUCGAAACCAGCAAAGUGUCGCGGUGCAAAAAGUGAGCAUCUGAGUGACCAGCAUUCAAUGUGAAGGAAUUGUGACGGGACUGAACUAUUUUUGGAAAGAGAUAUUUGACGUUUUCCCUGGAAGGUCGCCCAGUCUAACACUUGCCCAUCUUCGGUUUCAACGGCAAUCUUGAUUUCGUACGGCAUCUUGAAGCCAUAGCGAUAGAAAUUACUUUUUGGCGAUAUGGGCAUUCUCCAACCGGCCCACGACCAGCUCGGGAAUCCCGGGCGCCGCUCCAGAAAUUGGGUUGUCGGGAAAAACCCUACCCAGCAUAGCCCCGUUGCGAAGCCUUCCAUAGAAGACCAUUCUGGAGAGGACCAGAGAACUGGCACGCCCCAGAUGUGUGACACCGUGCAUCCAGGGGCAGCGACUUGCCUGAGAACACCGAGAAAGGCGCUCAGAGUGUCGGACUCGUAUGUCAAAGAUCGGGUGGUGUACUCCGCAAUGCGGUGCUGAAUCAACCAAGGAGACUCCUCUAUCUGGCCUAGAAAAUCAGAUGGGAAGAGCCGAUGUCGUACAUGCACACGGACGCCGAUGUGAUCGUACAAUGCUUUGGGCUCGAGAGAUUCAUCUGGAAACGUAGACAUGCUAUCUUCGGGCUCAGUGAGCGUCUCCAUAAACGUGCUUUUCUCACAUUCAAAGUACACUUGCUUCUCGGUGAAUAUCAGUCUUCUCUUGGAAAGCAGUGCCUCCUGGUACGUCCAGCCUCGGCCCAUCCACGUUGAGUUCCUCACAUCCACAACCGGACUUGAAAGGCCAGAUAUUAGAUGAUAGUCACCAACGGUAACAUUGGGCUGAGUAACUCUGCAUCGGCUAAUACCUGGAAGACCAGAGCUGGAGUCCUGUCCGCAUGCUGCAAUUAUGGUCAAUGUGGCGCGGUUGUAUAUCAGAUCCAUACUGGCUAUCUGCAGGUGCUUGGCUUGCUCGUCCAGCUGUGGUAUGCAAUAUCGAUCGACCCAAAGGUACUGAAACCCGAUCUCCGCUGUGACGGUUAAAGCGUCUUGUAUUGUCUGUGGAAAGACGCACUUAUUUUGGACGACAUCUUGGUUUCUCUGAUCGUCAACGUUUGCUCCCCAAACAUAGCUCAGCGCUACGAAUCUCGCUCCAGGAGUGUAUGGCUCAAGUUUUCCGGUCUUGCAAUUGAGUAGUUGCAAGCCGUGAAGGUUUGAAGCAGUAGGAGUGCAACAGGAGCUUCCGUGAUGAGUAGCACAAAUCCGGAGCCAAGCUUUGAUAAUUGAAAAGUCUACCCGGUGAGCAUCAAUGACCCGCGCAGAUAUAUUACUGCCUGUGGUCUGACAACCCUUGAUGAAGAUUGGCCCGACGACAUCAAGGUUAUCUAGAGUAGUGCUGUCUACAUCGAAGCUGCGUUCAGGUUGGGGAUGCGAAAGAAGAAGAAUAGGCCGGUGAUAUUGUCCACCACGGAUUUGAUCAGAUCCUGCAUAUUUGGACAAAUGUAGGCUAGAGAGUAAGACAAGGCAUGAAGAUGCACCUCGCAAAUACGAUUUGUGCAACUCCCAGAUGUCAGCAAAGAAUCGACACAAGCGGCACGUCCGCUGAAACCAUGUUCUGUUGAUGGUACCGAGAGUCUGCAGGGAGAAAGCUCUUGCGUCCUUGCCCGCUCUGCCAUCACCUCGGGCAAUCGCUUCGAGAUUCAGCUGAGAGCAAGACUCGCACAAAUCUGCGCUCGGUGACACACUUUCAUUUUGCAUGAGAUACACCUGCUCGGGCGGAAUCCAGAUCUCUCCUUGUUGGUGCGCGAGAGUUCUCGGGACGUAACUAGUGUCGCCGCUAUUCCAAGAUUUUGAGCCAACAUAUGUCAAGGUUGAAUCGUCUGAAUCUUCGGAAGAUUCUUGUCCAUCGCAAUCAGUGACGAGCUCUCGUUUACCGGAAUCAUGUGGAGACUUCUGUAGCGUCGUUUCAGUGCGAAGGGGCGGAGGAUGGUAUUCGUUCCCACUUAUAUACUCGACAUGAUCAGAGGUCACUGAACGAGACGGUAGCUCUUUAUGAAACCGAAGUUUUUGUAAUGAUUUUUUGAUGGAUGCUUUAGUUGGCCGGCGGGACAGCGGCAUCGUUUUGAAGGUUGGCCGCAACUUGACAUUCCUUCCACUUGUAGCACUUGACGUAGCAGAAGGAAAAGA